AUGCCACCAGCUUCGCAGCGCAGCACCGCCUACAGCAUGUACUCCGCGAGACGGUCCUUCCUAUCACCUCCAGGGCCAGGCGCCUACCAGCGUGGCGUCAACGACUCCACGCUCAUGCUCGGCGAUAGAGCCAAAGCGUUCCACGGCGACGGCUUUGACCAGUCAAGGGCGCUGCUCAAAGAACGCACCGGACGGCCAAGUCCUUGUGACUACAGCCCAUCGACGCUGCGCUCGGGCCGCGGGUUGUGGAGCGGGCGGAGUAGCAGCAUUGGCCUGCCUCUCUUGCCUCCGCCGAACCGAAACCCGGGCCCUGGAGAAUACAGCCCAAUGAGACCGAGGGCGGUGGGCAAGAGCUUUGGUGCGGUGAUCCGCGCCGCCAUCCCCGUGCUGGUGGCGCUGAUUGCAAUCUGCGUCGAGUCGAAGGUGCCGAGCAAGACGGAGGUUGCCUGCCUGGCGGUCAUCUCGAUCGGCGUCAUGCUGGCCGUGUGGGAGGAGUCGAAGAACGCCGUGCUCGGCAUAGUGCUGACGGUGGUCUCGAGCGUGAUGCAGUCGAUCCAGAUGUCGGUGACGGGGAGGCUUAUGAGCGGCAAGAGCGGCAAGCUCAACUCGUUCCAGAUGACCUUUUACACCGGCCCGAUCGCCUUCGCCACCUUGUUACCGUUCGCCUUCAUCACCGAGUUCAACAUCUUCGUCGAGAGCGUCACGAACAAGCCGAUCGCGUCGCUCGGCUUCCUGCUCGGCAGCUGCUGCGUGGCGGUGGUCUACAAUGUCGUCCUGUUCCAGUCGGUCGGUACGCUGUCGUCCGUCGGCACGGCCAUCCUCGGCAACGUCAAAAUCGUGCUCCUGCUCUUCCUCUCGUCGCUCAUCCUGGGCGAGCUCGCCGGCUGGUCGGCAAACCAAUUCCUCGGCUGCGUCCUCACCUUUGCCUCCGCGGGCGCCUACUCCUACAUCAAGGCUACGGCGCCGAAGCCCGCGCCCGCGCCCGCGCCCGAGCCUGCGCCCGCGCCCUCACAACAGCCGCGGCUGGAGGGGCCAGGGCAUGGCUAUAUCAAGCAGGAAGGGGUGUAGAGACGAGAGACAGAGACGGAGAGAGAGAGAGAGAGAGAGGCGGCGGUGGAGACGCUGCCGGCCGGGCGAGCGGACUGGCCGUUCGAUUGCUGGCUGUCGGAAGCCGUGUUCGGACAGCAACUGGCGGCGGGUGGAACUGGACAUCUUUUCUCGCUCC